CCAGGACACGGCGAGGCGCUGCACUGUGGAUAUUGUAUCGCGCUGCGUUAACCGAACGUCCGCAGAAAUGGAUGUAGAAUGUAGUUGACUGCUUUGAAUGGUUUAAGUCGGACGAAUUAACAUCGUGAGGACAGAGAAAGUGUCGAGGAAGCGACUACAAAGGACAACAAUACACAGACCGCAGCGCUCCAGACUGAGUGGAGCCAGUAACUUGUUAGACGUUCCAGAGCCGCAGCACCGCCACUGCGACUGCAGAGAAACUCUCCGUUUGAAACGUUGGCCCAGAGAAGAGCUUGGAGUUGUUGUUGUUGAUUGAUUGAUCCCUUAUUUCACACAACUCGUAGAGAGACCCGCUGUAACGUGUCACUCGGACAGAGGUCCUGAUCUCAGCCCCUGUUGCUUGCAGCCCCUCCCUCCAUCGGUGGUGGUGACCCAGCACUGGACAGCUUGCUGCAGGGUCCUUCCUGAGCAGCAGCAGCUGCGUCCUGCUUGCUGACUCCCCUCCCUCCCCUGCUUCCUGUCCUUGGUUAGACAAGGCUAAAGCCUCCUCUCCCUUACCCCACCCAUCACCUCUGUCAGCCUCUCAUACCCUCACAAAUACACAUUUAAUUGUGUGCGUGUUCAACUGCUAUUUGGAGAUCAGCAGUUCCCUAAAGGUGACGUUUCGCCACGGAGCUGUUGCCUUUCCCCAAAACGUCCAGCCUACAGCAUGACCUCCAUGUCUAGUCUCUUCUCCUUCACAAGUCCAGCAGUCAAACGCCUGCUUGGCUGGAAGCAGGGGGACGAGGAAGAAAAAUGGGCCGAAAAAGCAGUAGAUGCACUGGUCAAAAAGCUGAAGAAGAAGAAGGGUGCCAUGGAGGACCUGGAGAAAGCCCUCAGCUGCCCAGGGCAGCCCAGCAAGUGUGUGACCAUUCCACGAUCCCUGGACGGCCGGCUACAGGUUUCCCACAGAAAAGGUCUUCCUCACGUCAUCUACUGCCGAGUGUGGCGCUGGCCUGACCUCCAGUCUCACCAUGAGCUCAAACCUUUGGAGGUGUGCGAGUACCCAUUUGGCUCCAAGCAGAAGGAGGUCUGCAUCAACCCAUAUCAUUACAAGCGAGUGGAAAGCCCAGUUCUUCCUCCAGUCCUGGUACCACGGCACAGCGAGUUCAACCCCCAGCACAGCCUGCUGGUGCAGUUCCGCAAUCUCACCCACAACGAGCCACACAUGCCCCUGAAUGCCACCUUCCCAGAGUCCUUCCAGCAGCCCCACAGUGGCGGUGGUAGCAGUAGUGGAGGAGGCGGAGGAGGCUCUUUUCCCAUCUCUCCCAAUUCGCCUUAUCCUCCCUCUCCAGCCAGCAGUGGUACCUAUCCAAACUCUCCAGCCAGCUCGGGACCCUCUAGUCCAUUCCAGCUCCCAGCUGACACCCCACCCCCAGCCUACAUGCCCCCAGAUGAGCAGCUGGGACAGGAGAAUCAGUCCAUGGACACGAGCAACAACUUGGUGCCGCCAAACAUGGCCAGAGGAGAUGUGCAACCAGUGGAGUAUGAAGAGCCCAGUCACUGGUGCUCCAUCGUCUACUAUGAGCUCAACAACCGUGUAGGCGAGGCUUACCACGCCUCCUCCACCAGUGUUCUCGUAGAUGGCUUCACUGACCCUUCAAACAACAAGAACCGCUUCUGCCUUGGGCUGCUGUCCAACGUCAACCGCAACUCCACCAUUGAAAACACGCGUCGACACAUUGGCAAAGGAGUCCACCUGUACUACGUGGGAGGGGAGGUGUACGCGGAGUGCCUCAGUGAUACCAGCAUUUUUGUCCAGAGCCGUAACUGUAAUUACCACCACGGCUUCCACCCCACCACUGUCUGCAAGAUCCCCAGUGGAUGCAGCCUCAAGAUUUUCAACAACCAGGAGUUUGCGCAGCUUUUGACGCAGUCAGUCAACCAUGGCUUUGAGGCUGUCUAUGAACUCACCAAGAUGUGUACCAUCAGAAUGAGCUUUGUCAAGGGAUGGGGAGCCGAGUAUCACCGUCAGGACGUCACUAGCACCCCCUGCUGGAUUGAGGUCCACCUUCAUGGGCCCCUGCAAUGGCUGGACAAGGUGCUAACACAGAUGGGUUCGCCUCUCAACCCGAUCUCUUCUGUGUCCUAAUGAUGAUCUUGUGCAGCUGGGGGGAGAGGGUCCCAUUCUUCUCUCCCCCCCUUUCGGUGAUUUCUAAUUUAAGGUCCUCAUAAUGGCUGAACUGUUUACACACACUUUGGGAGGGGAUCCAGAACUCUGCCUGGACACUUAACGACAGUAGCCAAAAUCCAGUUGUUGAAAAACAAAGCAGUGUGACACAAAGACCACCUGGACACGGGAGAGGGUGUGUGUGUGUGUGUGUGUGUGAAGAACAGCUGAGCAGCAGUAGUUACACGGACACACGACUACUGGAACAUGUUAAAACACCUGUAAGAACAGAGGGCUCCCUCCUCGAGCUUGUUUUUGACAAAUGUUAUUUUUGCUUUAAGUUUUAUUGUUUUGUUUUUUUUUUCUCAAAUGAUUUUAUUUCUGUAUUUUUUAGUUUUAUUGAAGCAGGACUGUAUCACUGCUCUGUCCUUUGUCUGACAAAUUGGAAUUUAACUUUUACUUUUUUUUUUCUAACGUUGUUGUCUCUGUGUCAUAAUUACAAUUAAGGUAUAGACACACUUAUGUUUACCAUUAUGCUCAGAUAUAACAAGUGCUUUCUCUUUUUUUUUAUAGUCUCGACUGCUAGAAAUAAACACUGAGCUACUGCCUUUUUAAACGUUAUGUAUGCCAACCUGAUAGUUUUUGAUAUUGGGAGAUCAAUCACUGAACACGUUUAACAUGUCAUAAGCUAACAACAUUGUGAAUGUUACAUCUAUUGCAAUAGGAGUAGUCAUUUAUGAUAUAAUCAUACAAUGGACAUCAUCAUUAUCACUGAUUCUUGUUUGUUAUCUCAACUUCAAAUGAGAGUGACUGUAUUUUCCAUACUCGCUGUAUUAAAAAUAUUGUGCACUCUUGUUUUUUUGUUUUUGUGGCGGCAUAUAAAAUUUUGGCGUGGGUACCGAGGCAUUAUGUCAUUAAUAACUGACUUCAUUAGCUCAAUAAAAUAAACUGGUUAUUUGAUUAAAAUUUAA